UGUUCCCUGCCAGGGAACUCCUUUGAGCCUUGCACAUGUGUGCCCUGGGCGGCUGCAAGGCGCUGGCAGGACGUCAGGCGAAGGUUCGGUGCGGUUGGUUCCCAGUACCAGGGUGCACUGCUCUGGCCCUUCCUUUCAACCUUUUUAUCUCUAUGCCAUCAGGACUGGGAAAGGCUAGCAAGGCUCUGGGUUUCAGCAGGCCUGAGUGUUACUAGCCAAAUUCGCUCUGGUUGGGAGGGAGAGGAGAGAAGAGCGCGCAAGCGAGCGAGCGUCCAAGCACAGAGACCCCCGGGGAUCUCUUUCAAGCUCCUCAUCCCACAAAUCCACCUUGAUCAGCCCUUGCUUCUCCUUCCGUGCAGACUCCCUCUGCUCCCUGCCUCAGGGCUGCUACGGGGUUCCUACCCUCCCGGGUAUGGCUCCUUCUGCGCCCCCUUGCCUUCCUUCUCUUCUCUCCCUGGGACUCUGUAAGGUGAUCUUGUGCCAGGGGCAUCCCAUCCCCAGCCCUCCAUGGCUUCCUCCUCAUGGUAGGGGUGGGAACUGACUAGCGCUGUAGAGGGUGGGGCUCACAAAGCUGGCUCCCAGCCCGGGAGGCUGCAAUAGCUGGGGUGGCUGGGGUGGCCCUGCCCCUGGCUUCCCCUCCCUUCCCCCAGGUAUAAGAGCCGAGUUCAGGUGAGCUGGCUCCUCCAUCCCCGUCUCUGCAGCUGCCAGCAGGUAAGAAAGUCCAGCGCCUUCAGCCUAGUCGCUCUUCAGGGAGUACCCCAUGCCUCUCUCGCCCAAGUCUCACAGGGGUGGCUGGAGGAGGUGGGGAGAGGGAGGCCCAGGGGGAUUCCCUCUGAGUGGGUUGGCCUGGGGGCUGUGGCCUUAGCUCCUAGAGUUUGGGCAGGGACUGGAUCUGUGUGGAGCAGAAGCCAACCGCUUAGGUGAAGGUGUCUGUUGGGUGGAGCCAAACGCAGCCAUGAAAAAAGAAUGAAGAGCUCUCUCCUCAUCUCAGGCCUUCCCCCCCCCCCCUUUUCCAGGCAGAUCAUGAGCCAUCAGCUCCUGUGGGGCAGGCUAUAGGACAGACGACAAAACUAACUCUCGGAAGGACCAGUGUACUAGGCACCAUGGGACAGUGUCGGUCAGCCAACGCUGAGGAUGCCCAAGAAUUCAGUGAUGUAGAGAGGGCCAUUGAGACCCUCAUCAAGAACUUCCAUCAGUACUCUGUGGAGGGUGGAAAGGAGACACUGACUCCGGCUGAACUACGAGACCUGGUUACCCAGCAGCUGCCACACCUCAUGCCGAGCAACUGUGGGCUAGAAGAGAAAAUUGCCAACCUGGGCAACUGUAAUGACACGAAACUGGAGUUUGGAAGCUUCUGGGAGCUGAUUGGAGAAGCAGCCAAGAGUGUGAAGAUGGAAAGCCCUGUUGCUCGGAGCUGAGGACCUCUUCUUGGAACUUGUUGGGGGUGUUGGGGGUAGGGGAUUUUCCAGGCCCUGAGCCUGGGAAUAAAAUUUUUCUCUACCCCCACCACCCCAUUCCCCAGCCUGCACCUCUCCUCAUCUCCGUGAGGACAGCCUUCCCUGUGGGCUCUGUGCACUCAUCUAGGGUGCUCUGUGGAGCUCCUGGGUCCAGAAGUCCUCUUCCUAGGGGAGCUCAGGGGGUGGGGUGGGGCUGGAGAGGAUUUGCAGGGAUCCUGGCGGGGUAAGGGCCAAGCCCUUGGGAGUAGGGGAAGGGCAGAAAGGAACUGGGCUAUGGGAAGUGAUCUGAAGAAUGGGGCUGGGAAGCUGGCUGGAUGCUUGGUCCUGAAAAGGGUGUCUGAGAACCUAUCCCUCUAAUCUUGUCCGACUUCAACUGUAGCUGUCAGCCUUGUGCCAUCUUUGCUGCUUCCGGCUCCGCCCCAUCCUCCUUCCAGGGUCUGUCUCUGAGUAGGAGCAGGGCAAAACAGGAGCAGAGUUGCAAAAGAGGCCAAGGAGGGCGUGACUUCAGAGGUUUGGGGUGAGAGGACCAGCUAGGUGCUUGGGCAUUUGUGGAUGACAGUUAUUUUAUAAUAUUUGAUUAAUAAAAAUAUUGGAAAAAGUAAAA